GCAGGUCAUCAUCUGUACAUGCGCAGAUGGUUGCUGGCAUAGCGCACUGCAACGCGUUCCCUCCUCCAACAUGGCUGCCCGCUCUGUGUCCGCUGGUUACCGGGUUCUGCUGUCAACUCUGCCCGUGAGGGCUGGCAUCAGACAACAGGCUUUGCCUGCUGUCUACGCUCAGCACAGGGACUAUUCAUCGCAACAAAUCAUACCCCCGCCUGCGAAGUAUGGAGGAAGGCAUACUGUGGCCAUGAUCCCUGGAGAUGGCAUUGGGCCAGAACUUAUGCUGCACGUUAAAGAGAUUUUCAGACACGCCUGUGUGCCAGUGGAUUUCGAAGUGGUGAAUGUUGACUCCUCUUGUAUAGAUGAAGAAAACUUCCAGGAUGCCAUUACUGCCAUCCGGAGAAACAGGGUGGCACUGAAAGGUAACAUUGAGACAAACCAUAACAUGCCUCCCUCUUACAUAUCGAGAAAUAAUUUGCUACGUACAAGCCUAGACCUUUACGCUAAUGUUAUCCACUGUCAGAGCCUGCCGGGGGUGCAGACACGCCAUAAGGACAUUGACAUCCUGAUAGUGCGUGAGAACACGGAGGGAGAGUACAGCAGCCUAGAACAUGAGAGUGUGUCUGGAGUGGUGGAAAGUCUGAAGAUCAUCACUCAAGUCAACUCUCUACGCAUCGCAGAUUAUGCCUUUAAACUGGCACGAGAGAAAGGAAGAAAGAAGAUCACAGCGGUGCAUAAAGCCAACAUCAUGAAGCUGGGAGAUGGUCUCUUUCUUCAGUGCUGCAAGGAGGUAGCUUCUGGGUAUCCCGACAUCACCUUUGAGAGUAUGAUUGUGGAUAAUACCACCAUGCAGCUCGUGUCCAACCCCCAGCAAUUUGAUGUCAUGGUGAUGCCCAAUCUUUAUGGGAACAUAGUGAACAAUGUCUGUGCAGGACUGGUUGGUGGCCCGGGUCUUGUGCCUGGAGCUAACUACGGCCGUGUGUACGCUGUAUUUGAGACGGCUACCAGGAAUACAGGAAAAAGCAUUGCCAACAAGAACAUCGCAAACCCCACUGCAAUGCUGUUGGCCAGCUGCAUGAUGUUAGACCAUCUGAAGUUGCACAAUUACGCAGCCUGCAUUCGGAAAGCUAUUCUGGGCAGCAUGAAUGAACACCGGAUGCACACCCCUGAUAUUGGGGGACAGGGCACCACCUCAGAAGUUGUUCAGUCCAUUUGCAGGCAGAUCAUUAUAAAGGAUGGCCGAGCAGUCACUGUUUGAGAGGAUUGUGUAUGUACUUGCACAAGUGGACUUGGCCUCACACACUCCACCAUUACUACUGGAUCUUUAUCCAACACCCUGUCCUGCUUUUUCAUGUAGCUGGCAAUGAAGAUGUUUCUAUGCUGAUCAUUACAGACAGUGACUUGCUGGAGGUCUUCAGUAAUGACGAGGAUUAUAAACCAAUUUGCUAUGUAACAUGUUGGAGUUGCAGUAAUCUAUUUAUUCUCUUGGGUCAGCUGUAUGCUUUAAAUGAGCUGUGUUGUGUUUUUUUAUGUUUGAUUUAUUCUUGUAUUGUCAUCUUUGUUGCUGUUCAAAAUAAAGUGAUCCACAAACCA